AAGGGACGAUUAGGCUGGAUAAAUAAAGGGGAAUGGAGUUGUGUGUGACAAUGUGAGGAAGAGGAAAAGCAGGAUGAGGGAGAUAGGAGAGGUAAGCGAGGGAGUUUGAGAAGGUGAUGAGCAUGUACAUGUAGGUGAAGAGUGGGUGUUUAGACAAAAGCCUGGAGUGGUAUGGAGAAGUCAAGGAUUCAGGGAAUGUUGGAGGUGGGCUGCAUAGAACUUUCCCUCCACGACCGUAUAAUAGCUGGAUUGCAUAGUUACAGCAGUGAAGUGCGUCCAGUCCGGUGAGACCAGCUCACGAUGCCAGAGAAGGAUAACUUCACCAGCAGUGGAGACAAGGGCGGCAGCAGCUCGGGUGAUGUGUGCCGGGACUUCCUGCGUAACGUCUGCAAACGGGGCAAGCGCUGCAAGUUCCAGCACCCGGAGGUAAUCGAGGCGUCCGAGCCGGGUGCCUCGGCUGACGAGCUGCCCCUGGCCAAGGGCGAGGUGCCCAUCUGCCGUGACUACCUGAACGGAGACUGCCAGCGGGGAGCCAAGUGCAAGUUUCGCCACGUGGAGUCGGAGCUUGCUGGCGGUAGUGGUGGCCCCUACGAUCCGGCGCGCCCGUCCAUGGCCGCCACACACCGCUUCGACCCGUGCACCGACCUCUGUGAUGAGUACGGCGGGCACCUGCUGAAGAGACGGCGGCUGGAGAGCAUGCGGUUCGACCUGUAUGACUACGGUGUGCCGCGCCCCUUCCCAGUGGACUACCGCUACCUGGAGGAGGAGAACCUAAUGCUGCGCAAGAGGGUGGAGGAGCUGAAGAAGCAGGCGUCCAACCUGAUGGCCACCAACGAGGUCCUGCUAGAACAGAACGCGCUCUACCGCAACCAGCCCAAGGUGGUGACGCUGGCCAACGAGCAGCAGCUGGCUCCGCCCACCGUGGCCGCCGUCACCGCCUACAACCACACCAUCGUGCAGGCCCACAACUCGCUGAGCAGCCAGACGCUGCCGUCCCGGCAGGAGCUGGUGCCCGCCGCCAGUGCCGUGCCCCCAGCCAGCGCUGCCCCACCGCCCCCUGGGCCCCACUUGGCUCCCGAGCUGGCCCUGGCCCAGACGAUAGCGCAGAGCAUGGCCGCGCCCGUCUCCAUCACACAGGCCAUCCCGGGCAUCACAGUGAGCCAUGCCACCACCCCGAUGGUCAGCUAUGCCAUCGCCUCACAGAGCAUGAGGAUUACGCCAAUACCCCACUGAGAACACUACCCCUCUUCGCUUGGGCCUAGGCUUAAUUACACAUCUCUGACUUGUGUUCCAUUGUUUUUACUCUCAAAUCCCUGUGUGAUGCUGGACAUCCUGAUCUUUAUAAUGACAACCCCAGGACAAUGUCACAGCUUUUUAUGGGGAACAGAGACGCUUGUCUGCUAAAUCAGGCAACCGACAGCAAUUUCUGUGUGGGGGAAGAAACAGCAACAGUCUUUGUUUUACAAUGUAUAGUCUCUGCUCCAAUACUGCUGGAAACUGGAGGUGAGGAACUCUGAGAUUCGUUUGGAAGCGACUAUGUACACAACUGCAUCACAGACUUUGGACAAUUCAAACCAAUUGUAAUCCAUGGCACAAAGAUCCCUUGUCACCUGGUUACAUUUAAACCGUUUUAGCACAUUUUAAGAUGCAAAUUGUUCAUUCAGCCAUUCGGAAGAAUUGGAGUAUGAUUUCUACGUAAAGUUUCAUCAUUCAUUUCAGGGUACAGAUGGAUUCGUAUGUUAUUUCCCCCUGACUCUGCACAUAUUUCCACUCCCUCGAAGCAUCACAAUCUUGACCUGAAUCCUAAAUUUUAGGAGUUAUGAGACUUCAUAAAAAACGCAGAAACAUUAGAAGCUUCCCACCAGCUGGUGCACGGAGACAUUGUGCCUUUUCGUCAUAUGGUUUACACUUUACAAUGAAGAAAAUUGUUAGAGUUAACUUUACACAGUAAUGCAGUUUUUCUAAUUCUGUUUGAUUUAUGAUUUGACAUCUGCUAAAUAACCUCUGGAGAAUUUUACCUGUCAUAUGUAUGGACUGGAAAUCAAUGCAAUUGGAGUGGAUUCCAGUAAGGGGCCAACCCCAGCGCUAGCAUUUAAUGUGACACUAUUUUGGCUGAAGUGUGUAUAUCUUAUCCACUGCCAAGACUGUAUGUUAGCAGCAAGGUAGGAAAGCUUCACUAUUAGCACAGUAACUUUAGCCGGAUAUUGAUUAUGGAUUUGUCUGUUUUGUCAAUGAUGGCGUCAGGCACUGCCUUUGUUUACAGCACCUUGGAUUGAGUGACUCAAGAGAGUUCCUACUCCUAUGGUCCACUAGUCUGCAGUGGCCUUUGUGGACAAGCAAUAUACUUCCUAUGCUUUUGAUUGUAAUAUUCACAAGAAUCGUGCAGUGAAGCAACUGCACUAAAAGGCUUUUCUGGAGUGUUAGACACUGAGUGCAGAAACUGCACCUUGUACACUAAGUGAUUUGUAUUAGCUACAAGUUUAUGGGGAUAAAUUAAAAUAAUUGCAGGUGCUGGAAAUCUGAAAUAAAGAUAGAAAAUGUUAGGAAAAGCUCACCAUGUCAGGUAGCACAUGUGGAAAGAGAAACAGUUAACAGCAGCACAAUGUCAUGGCUGGUACAGCCGCUGGCUCCCAGCUCCAGAGAGCUGGGUUCGGUCCUACCUCUGGUCUGUUUGUCCGCCCGGUGACCGCGUGGGUUUCCCCCUACAUCCCCAAAAAUGUGCAGAUUGAUAGUUAAAUGGCCACUGAAAUUGUCCCUACUGGGUAGGUGAGUGGUAGAAUCAGGGGAUAGUUGAUGACAUUGGGGAGAGGAUGAAAUGGGAGUAAUGUCAGACUGAUAAUGGAGUUUGAUGUCCAGUGCGGACUCUGUGGGCCAAAGGGCCUGUUUCCACACUGUUUGAAACAAAAAAAAAAUCAGUCAAAAAAAAGUCUGACAGGCUACGAAAGUCUGUGACUGGCUUUUAGGUGGGGAACAGUUUAUCAGUUCUAAUGAAGGGGAUAGGACCUGAAACAGUGGCUGUCAUUUCUCCUUCCACAGAGACUGCCUGACCUGCUGAGUUUUACACCACCAUUGUUUCUAUUACAAGUCUGCAAGAAUCACGGGGAGUCUGCAGUGGUACAAGAAUUGAUUCUUCCCACUGCUGAUCUGUUGCUAGUUCCAAUCAAUGGGCAAUUUGUUUCCAGCCCUCGGACUCCAGUUGCAAUGAGACUUAUUGGUGGGGUGGGUUUUGUGGGAAGAAAUGGUAGGCAUUCUGUGCAGGUAUCACUGAAUUGUCAGGACUCAAUUAACCUUGUGGUCCUCUAGAAUAUUUCUUAAAUGGUAUUUUUUUAAAUCUCACAAUUGCUGCAACCUUUUAAAGUGAUGCAAAUAAACUUGAAUGUAUAGUGCUAUGAAUAUUAAACCUUGAAUGGAUUGUUCAUUUAUUAUGUGCCAUGUUGUAUGAUGUGGGCAAUCGUCGUCUUCCCCUGAACAUGAUUGUUCUUGGCAAAUUUUCCUACAGAAGUGAUUUACCAUUGUCGUCUUCUGGGCAGUGUCUUUACAAGAGGGGUGAUCCCAGUCAUCAUCAAUACUCUUCAGGGAUUGUCUGCCUGGCGUCAUUGAUCGCAUAACCAGGUCUUGUGAUCUGCACUGGCUGCUCAUGCAACCAUCCACCACCUGCUCCUGUGGUUUCACGUGACCCUGAUUGAGGAGCUAAGCAGAUGCUGCGCCUUGUCGAAAGGUGACCUGCAGGCUAGCAGGGGGAAGGAGCACCUUACUUCUUUGGUAGAGAUGUAUCUCCCCCCUGCCACCCACUGAAUGUAUAGUUGUAUGAAUAUUAAACCUGACUCUUUUUGGAUUUGCCUGU